AUGCUCCCUGGUCAGGUCAACGUGGAACUGCCCAUUCCUGGCGACAUCAAAUAUUCGGAUGAAGUUGAUUCUCUGCUGCUAAAUACAUUGAUGGUCGAGUGGAACACGUAUGCCGCUCAUUACUACCACAAUGGGAAAUGGUGGACAAGGUGUAGCGCGCAGGUGUGGAACGAGAUUUCAGAUUUCGAAGUUCUCGCCAAUGCAUUGAAGGACGCGUGUGAGAAAGUAGUAAAGUUUGCGAAGCAAUAA